GCAGUUUAGGGUUUUCUUUUUCACCCUUUUUGGUUUGUUUCACUUUCCCCUCUCUCUCUAUCUGUACGAUCGAACUCUCUGUACUACCGAACGGCUUCGAGUUUCUUUUAAACCGUUUCUUUCUCUCUCUCUCUGAUCUAAUGGCGAUGGAAGAUCAAUCGGCGGCGAGAUCUACCGGAAAGGUUAACUGGUUUAGCGAUGGGAAAGGCUAUGGUUUUAUUACUCCUGAUGAUGGCGGCGAUGAGCUUUUUGUUCAUCAAUCUUCAAUUGUCUCUGAUGGUUUCCGUAGCUUGACUGUUGGUGAAUCAGUUGAGUACGCAAUCACGCUUGGAAGCGAUGGGAAGACUAAGGCCAUUGAUGUCACUGCUCCCGGCGGCGGUUCUCUUAACAAGAAGGAGAAUAGUUCCCGUGGAAGCGGCGGUAGUUGUUUUAAUUGCGGUGAGAUUGGUCAUAUGGCUAAGGAUUGUGCCGAUGGCGGUGGUGGGAGAAGCUUUGGAGGUGGUGCUGUUCGUAGAUCUGGCGGCGGAGAAGGUGAAUGUUACAAAUGUGGUGAUGUGGGGCACUUUGCUAGGGAUUGUAGGCAGAGCGGUGGUGGAAACAGUGGAGGCGGCGGCGGCGGUGGUGGCGGUCCGUGUUACAGUUGCGGAGAGGUUGGUCAUUUGGCAAAGGAUUGUCGUGGUGGAUCCGGUGGAAAUAGGUAUGGAGGUGGUGGUGGUGGUGGUCGUGGAUCCGGCGGUGAUGAAUGCUACUUGUGUGGUGGUGUGGGACAUUUCGCUAGGGAUUGUAGGCAAAACGGUGGUGAAAUCUUUGGUGGUGGCGGUGGUGGUGGAAACACUUGCUAUACCUGUGGCGGAGUUGGCCAUAUUGCUAGAGUCUGCACCAGCAAGAAACCUUCUGGUGGUGGUGGUGGUGCUGGUUCUUGUUACGAAUGUGGAGUAACUGGCCAUUUGGCUCGUGACUGUGAUCGUAGAGGAGGAAGCAGCGGCGGUGGUCGUGGAGGCGGUGGCAGUAGCAACUGCUUCAAGUGCGGCAAGGGAGGUCACUUUGCAAGGGAAUGUUCUUCGGUUGCUUAACAACAAAGAAGAGUAAUGUUCAUAUACCUCUUUGUUUCUCUAUUAAUCUCUCUACCUAAUGCUCGUUACUAUAAUGUGGUUGCUACUCUCUUUUAGGAUGUUACUUUUUGGAGUUGUUCUUACUUCUUCUAUCGCUCUUAUGACUUGUUUUUGCAAAACCUAUUCACUGCUUUUUGUUGAUGCCAUAAGUUUGAGACUUCGAAUGAUAUGUGUGAUUGCUUUA